AUGAAGUUAUUUAUUAAAUUAAAUUUCGAUUAUUGUUACGAUUCAAAUCAAAUUCAAUUAGUCAGACCAGAUACACAAAUCUAUCACUAUGCACUCGACCAGAUGGGAUUUAAGCCAGAGGAGCUCAAAACAAUACCUAGACCUCCUGCAGCUACUGAAAGUAAUGUUAUCCAUGGCCAAGUUGUCACCAAGAUUCCCUAUCUUGCCGAGCUAGGCUAUCGAGCUAUUGCCCUUGAUUUACGAGGAUUUGGUCAAUCUAGUUGUCCACCAGGUAGUGACCCACAAAUGCUUGUGAAUAGAACUCAUUGA